UGGCCAAACUCGACCAGGAUAAAACCUGCCAUUUGCACCAUGCUGCCGAUAUGGUUCGGGCCCUCACGGAUGGCAUCGUCAAGAUGGACCAGGUUCUGGCGUGUCGAGGGGUGAUCACGGCGGCCAACCUGGCCGAGAAAACUUCCACGUGGACCGUUAGGAUCAAGCUCCGAGACUCUGCAGACGAGGUCGUCGUCUUGACCCCCCGACUCGUUCUCUGCACAGGGUCGCACCCGACAGAGGUCCCGAUCCACGUACCCGGGCACAACAUCGAGAGUCUGGACCUAGAUGUAGUGCUGAAACCCAGCGAGCUGAUGUCACACCUCCCUCGGGACUUGCCGUUGACCGUCGCCGUAGUGGGGGCGUCUCAUAGUGCCAUCCUCGCGCUCCUCAACCUGGUAGACUUGGCUCGCACGUCGCACCCCCAGCUUCGCGUCAAGUGGUUCACUCGCCAUCCCCUCCGGUAUGCCGAGUACAUGGACGGAUGGAUCCUCCGGGACAACACCGGGCUCAAGGGACACGCGGCCGAGUUUGCUCGGCAACAACUAGAGGAUGACAAGCUGGCCUCGUCUGAAGCCGGCCGGUUCAUCACCAAGGUCGACUGCGGCGGGGGCCAGGAACAGGCGCAGUACGAGCGGCACCUGCCCUCGUGCUCGUACAUUGUGCAAGCCGUAGGGUUCACCCGGGACGCGCUCCCCGAGCUGUCAGUCAACGGGGUCUUAUUGGAGCCCGAGUUCGACUCGGCAUCGGGCGGCUUCCGCGACGGCAGCGGCCGCGCCGUCCGGGGGUUGUUCGGCGCGGGGAUCGCGUUCCCGGAGCGGGUGGUCGAUCCGUAUGGCAACGUCGAGCAUGCGGUGGGUUUCUUCAAGUUCAUGAAGUACAUCAAGCGGGUGAUUCCGCAGUGGGCGAUGUAGGGUUGAGAUGGUUGCGUGGUUCUUGUGAUUCCCCAUGUGUUUUGUCUAAUAUCUGAGCGGUAGGCUGGCUGUCACCUCUGGUAGGUUGACCAGCCCGACUAUAUCAUGAAUGUAAUGGUGUUUAUAUUGGUCAUGAUACGUACUUGCAUGGAUUGCCUUUUUUUUCGGAUGCCAGUCUAGAUAGACGGUGAAGUUAGAUUCAACCACAGUAGUCAGUAGG